AUGCAUCUUCCAUCAAUACAGUGUACGCAACGAGAAGAGCAGAUACUGGGAUUCAACAAUCCUUCGGAAACAGCGAUCGAAAUCGUGUGGAUCUGCCCGGACCCAAAUCUCUAUUUCAUGAUUGAAAGUUCGCUUCAAACAUAUAGAACAGUGGAUGACAUCAACAAAUCCGUUCAAGACAAAGUUUCCGGUUACCGUAAUGCGAAAUGGCUUGUGAAUACCGUAAACUACAGUAGGACAACAGCGAAUACAGCGCCAGGUGCCAACCGUGCUUCACAAAAUUUGUGUUUUGUUCAAGCUCCUGACGAAGGAAUCAUAGUUUUUGUAGCUGCUGUUGUGUCAUAA